GUGUUUCACAAAAUGUCUCCCAAUGAGACUCUGUUCUUGGAAAGUACCAACAAGAUCUACAAAGAUGAUAUUUCCAACAGUUCAUUUGUAAAUUUCCAAAUAUGGGAUUUUCCUGGACAGAUGGACUUUUUUGAUCCAACAUUUGAUUAUGAGAUGAUCUUCAGAGGAACAGGUGCUCUAAUAUAUGUUAUUGAUGCCCAGGAUGACUACAUGGAAGCUUUAACAAGACUCCACAUUACAGUUUCAAAAGCCUACAAGGUCAACCCGGAAAUGAACUUUGAAGUUUUUAUUCAUAAAGUUGAUGGUUUAUCGGAUGACCAUAAAAUAGAAACUCAGAGGGAUAUUCAUCAGAGGGCUAACGAUGACCUUACGGAUGCUGGGCUUGAAAAACUUCACCUUAGCUUUUAUUUGACCAGUAUAUAUGACCAUUCAAUAUUUGAAGCCUUCAGUAAAGUGGUGCAGAAGCUCAUUCCACAACUGCCAACGCUGGAAAAUCUACUAAAUAUCUUUAUAUCAAAUUCAGGCAUUGAAAAAGCUUUUCUCUUCGAUGUAGUCAGCAAAAUCUACAUUGCAACAGACAGUUCUCCUGUGGACAUGCAGUCAUAUGAGUUGUGCUGCGACAUGAUUGAUGUAGUGAUAGAUGUUUCCUGUAUAUAUGGGUUAAAGGAAGAUGGCACUGGAAGUGCUUAUGAUAAAGAGUCAAUGGCAAUUAUCAAGCUCAAUAACACAACGGUCCUGUACUUAAAGGAAGUAACAAAGUUUUUGGCAUUAGUUUGCAUUCUUAGAGAAGAGAGUUUUGAGCGCAAAGGUCUGAUAGACUACAAUUUUCAUUGCUUCCGCAAAGCCAUUCAUGAAGUCUUUGAAGUAGGUGUUGCCUCCCACAGAAUCUGCAACCAUCAAUCAAGCGCCUCAAAUAUGAAAGCAGUGACUCACAAUGGCACACCUAGGAAUGCAGUCUAGCGGAAAACUGAAGACGUUGGAUAGACUUGUCAGCUCUUCACUCCAAAGUUUUGUGGAACAAGAGAAGAGUAGUCUGAAAGCCUGAAGUAUGUUUCACAGGAGAAGAGUGGCGGUAACUGUGGAACAGCAGCUUGUAACUCAUGUUGGACAACUGAAACUACUGUAAAAAUACUUUGAGGCCAGUGGAGUUAGAAAAGCCAGUUUGAAACCAGCUUUAUUGCAAGUGCAGUGGUUUUUCAGUUUGGAGUCCUAUUUUAACAGUCUGUCUCUGACUGAUUGCCCGGUCAAAACUUACAAACGAUGGAGUUGAGUUUUGUGUGAAACACUGAAUAGUCACUUGCUCAACUCUUUUUU